CAUUGGUUUGUUCAUCACGAAUGUCCUCAUCAUAAUAAUGCAGUUGAAAUACAACGCUCUGACGAAAUCUUCUCGAAACGUACUUAUACUUAUUUGGAUUACAACAUUAUUACAAUUUGGACCAACAUUUAUAGUUUCGCAAGGUAUACCAGAUAACAGAUGCUACUUAGAAAAUGGUGGUUCGGCAGAAAGUUUCUUUGUAUCAGAAGAUGUACCAGUUGGAUCAGUUAUCGGUGAUCUUGGUAUACAUGGCGAUCCACGACCAAUAGAAAAUGGUGGUAAUAUUAUUUUACGGUUACAAGAAACAGACAGUCCUGUUCGGAUCCCUCCGGGUACGGCUAGGUUGGUAUUGACGAGGCCAUUAGACAAAGAAGGAGUUUCUGGACCAUCGUCAGUUUAUGUGAAUGUAAUUUGUGAUCGCCAUAGAACAAAUGAUCCUGGAUUUGUCAUUCCAGUAACAAUUCGAGUAACAGAUGUAAAUGACAAUGCGCCACAAUUUAUUAACGCGCCAUAUGUUUUAAAUGUGAGUGAAGUUACCGUUGUAGGAACACGAGUUUUACAAGGAAUUCGUGCACAAGAUGCAGAUCAACAUGGGCCAUUUUCAACGGUGCAUUAUUCCGUUAUAUCAGGACCAUAUGCAGAUUACUUUGUAUUUGAAAAUCCAUUGGAAGGAACUUUAGUUUUACGAAAAUCGUUAGAUUAUGAAACACUGCCAGCAUUUAGUGUGGGACUACGUGCGCAAGACCAUGGUAAUCCGCCACGUUCAUCGGAUACUGUUCUGCAUGUAAACGUUAUUGAUGCUGACGAUCAGAAUCCACGAUUUUUUGAUGAUAGAUAUACAGCAAUUUUACCUAAUCCGCCGAUAAAGGGUGCUGCAUUGGUGAUCAAUCCACGCGAUGUUGGUGCUUACGAUCAAGAUGUGGGCAUAAAUGCUCCUAUAUUUUAUACGUGGAAUUCCGUUGGUGCAGACUACCAAUUGUUUAUUAUUGACAGAGAAAGUGGGAAAAUUCGAUUGAAACGAGAUUUUCUUGAUAGUGAAUUAAUGCAACCAGCAACAUUAGUUAUAAGAGCAACCCAAGUUGAUAACCCAGAUCGUUAUGCAUUAGCAACGUUAACAGUUCAACGUAAUGGAGAUUAUACUGGUGCCUCAGGUCCAGUUCGCUUUACACAAAAAGAAUUUAUAGCUGGAGCAUUAGAAAGUUUACCAGCCCGAUCGCAAAUUACAACAUUAGCAACAAACCAUCCUGGGGAUCGCAAUCUCAAAUUUUAUAUUUCCGAUCAAAAACUUUUAGACACAUUUAGUAUAGGACCUAAUGGGGAAUUAGUUUUAAGAAGACAAUUGGAUUACGAAUCAGAGGAUUCAUUUGUGUUUAAAGUAUUUGUAACUGACGGUGCUACGAAUGAUUCUGCUAUAGUAAAUAUAACAGUUUUAAAUGUAAAUGAAUGGGAACCCAGAUUUAGAUAUCCACAAUACGAGUUUUUUGUCGCUGAAGGUCAUGUUCAAAAUGGUGUUUUGGUUGGACGCGUUCAAGCUGCAGAUGGUGAUCGUGGAGAUCAAAUAACACUCGCACUAAGUGGUCCAUAUGCAGGAAUGUUUAACAUAAACACAAAAGGUGAAAUUUAUUUGCGAGAUUUAUGGCCUUUGAAUACUUCAAUUGUACACUUGGUCGCUGUGGCAACAGAUAGUGGGAUACCAGCUAGACGAGUUGCAGCACCCGUAUUAGUUCAUUUCCCGCCAAGUGCUGUUACAAAUGGUGCAGCUGUAGGAGUAGCUGCUCGAGCUACUUCUGGAGGAUUCAUGGUUUUAACUGCAUUUGCAAUGAUUUUAGGUUUAUUAGGCAUUGUUAUUGCAAUUUUAGUUACAUAUAUUUGUAAAGUAAAAAGACCGAAGAGUGGCAAACGUAAAGUUGGAACUAGUGGAUUCUUACAACAUGAGAAAUUACCACCGCCGCAUAGCAUGCCUGGUGUUGGAGCUGGUUUACUAGUCGGACAACUAGGUCCAAAUAAUUCUGUUUCUGGUGGUAUUGCAAAAAAUCCAGUAUUUGGUGAAACUGUUAGUCCAAAUCACAGCACAGAAGUGGGUCUUUGUUCAGAAUCUAACUCUGAAAUUGGUGUGGCAUCUGCUCGAGGGGGUGUACCUAACAUUGAUCUCUACACAGCUACUGUAAAAAGUAUUAUGUCUCGUGCACCAGGAACACGAGGUGGAAUUUGUGCCGGAACUGGUACUGUUACAAGAAUAGUCAGUCCUAAAGUACAUCCAGCACCAAGUCCACCAGUUAUAUCACCACAAAAUGAUUUGGGCACUUCAAGUACAGCUAGCCCAAACAAUACAAAUUUAAUAACACGUUCUGUAGAAUGGCCAUCUUCAGCAAUGUCUACCCGUGUGAAGAAAUUAAGUUGGGAUGAUGAUUCCCAAACUAAGACUGAAACCGAUAGUGUGGAUAAUAAUAUAAAAAUUAAUAAUAAUGUUACGAAUAAUGAAAAUGUGAAUACCAGAACCCGAGUUAGCGAAAAUACAAAUCUUACUGUAUAUUUUUAA